CUGUAGUCCAGACCUCACCCUCGAGCCUGUCAUUGUAAUCACUUAGCAGCCCUUCACAGCCUCUGUGCACAGUUCUAGUAAGACUUAACACUUCCCACAUCUCUGCGAUGGACCUUCUGGGUGCCCGGCUGCCCUUCACCCAGUUUCAGGAGGAAAAGUACCAGAUGCUGGAACUGAACCAGCGCCUCGAGUCGUACUUAGGCCGCGUGAAGCUGCUGGAGGAGGAAAACAAGCUACUGCGAGAGGAGAUCCACACUCUCAAGAGCAGCAGAAAAGCACAAGGCCAGCGCAAAGCUCAAGAGGAUGCUCUCAGCCAGGCCAGGAGGAUGUUGGAGGAUGCCUGGAGGAAGAAAGACCACGUGGAGUUGGAAGUGGAGAACUUGAUAGAAGAUAUAGAGGUGGUGAGCAUUCAAAGACAGAAAGCGAAAAAUGCACAGGCUGAUGCACAGAGAAAACUUAUGGAGAGUAGGAAGGAGCUGGAAGAGGAGCGUCGAGCUCAGAUUUGGCUUAGGGAGAAGGUUGGCCAACUUGAGAAAGACCUCUUGCUACAGAUGCAAGUUCAUCAGGACAACAUGGAAACCUUGCAGGCUAAUCUGAAACAGACAAAGCAAGUCUUGAUGGCUCCACACCCCACUCAAAGCACCAGCAUCCCAGACCUGGAACAAGAGUACAGCCACAGAGCAGCUCAAGCCUGGCAGGAGGCAACCAACAACUAUCAGAGACUGGCUGGACGUCUGGAGGAAAGUCUGAACCAGGCCAAAACCAACAUGGCAAAGAUUCAUCAGGAGAAGAAAGAAAACCAGCAUCAAGUUCAGCAUCUGGCAAAGGAGCUCGAGAGCACUAAAACUAAGAGGCAGAUGUUGGAGAAAAAUUUUGUGCAGCAGAGAGAAGAACAUAAGCAGGAGCUUCACCAUCUUCAGGCUCAAGUAGAUGCUCUGGAGUUGGAGAAAGACAACCUGGGGCAGCAGAUUGACAGCCUGAUGGUUGACAGACAAAACCUGCUGCAGGUCAAGAUGUCUCUUGGACUGGAGGUGGCCACAUACAGAGCUUUGCUGGACAGCGAGGGCAUGAGAAUUGACAGACCAACAACAAAAAAGACCAGCUCUGCUUUCUUUUUAGAUGUGCUCUCAAAGCCCACUGGGACCCAACCAGCCUCACAGAGCACUGCUGCUUCCUGCCAUGUCAGCAAUACUGUGUCUACAAGCCACAGAUCAAUCACCUCCUCUCGCACUCUGCUGACCAGUGUGACUCCAACAUGGACACCGACUCGAGGGACUCCACAAAGAACACCAGCCAGAGCCUCAGUGACAGAAAAGACAGAUGUUCAUAUCUCAGAGGAGACUGAGAAAGCUGCUGAGACAUCUGUGGAUCAUUUGCAGCAAGAGAAAGUCCAUGAAGACAUGGCCCUUGCAACAGCUCUCCCCAAAACAGCUGUAGAACCAGAACCACAGCUCAAACCAGAAGAUAUUGAGAUUCAGGAAGAUGAACCAAAACACUAUGGGGAAGCUCAGAUGGUUGAAUCUAAAACUGAUGCAUCUGAAUUGAUUAGUGUUUCAGCUGACCAACCAAGUAACUUGUCCCAAACUCCAGAGUUAGAAAGCUGGGCUGGUCCAUUCACAGAUCCUGCAGAGGUUUCAGAAGAAGUGAAGGAUGAGGACACUGAGGUGUCUGUUGAAAUGGCUCGGAUAUCACACGCACCUAAGGUUGCUUGGGAAGAAAAUAAAACCGUAGCUGAGGAUGAAAAAGAUGAUGCCUCUGAGAUGGAUGUAAGAUCAGAGAACUUCAGUGAAAGCCACACAGAUGCAUUUGGAGAUGCAGAGAAUGAUAAUGCAAUAAAAUCUAGCCAUAUCAGUGUGAACACCAAUAUUUUGGGUUCAUCGUUCCUCGAGCAAGGAACUUUAGAUUUGGUUGGUGAUUUUGGCUAUCGUGAAGAUUUAAUGAAGGCAGAUGAACUGGACAAUGUGAGCAAUAUUAGUGAGGAGGUAACAGAGCAAAUGAACAGUGAAACUGAGGCAGCGAUUGAUUCAAUCAAUGAGUGGGACAGACAGGAGGAAAUUGAACCAGAGAAUGAGACGAAAGUGAUGAGCCCUGACUCUGAGGUGGAAGAAGAGGAUGAACUGAACAUUGACGCUGACACAAGGGAUAAAACAGAAGAUGUGACUGAAAGAAAAGAAGAGAUAGAAGUGAUUAAGAGUAGCAUUUCUGUCCAGGAUGAAGGUGUAGAUUCUCCCAAGAACAUUGAUCAUCAGGAGAGUUUAGAGAAGACCAUACCGCCAGCUGAACCCCAUUCAGAUCAGACCGUAAAUGAAGACGUUCCUUUGCCUGAGGAAUCUGAGGGAGAAGAGAACCCAAGUGAAGACGAUGACUCCCCAAACAUAUCAGCUUCGUGGAGAACCGAUCCUGGUGAGUGUGACAGCUACAGUCAGGAGAACACACUAGCAGACACUCGGCCCUUGAUUCGUUAUAAGAGUGAUGAGGAAACAGACGGUAAUGUGCGAGCCUCGCACCUCAUCGGUGAGACCAGUGACAGUGAGGAUGAGAAAGAAAGAAUGGAAGGAGGCCACUGGAAUGAGAGUGCCUCCAAACGCUUCAACACCAUGGAGGAUCUCACAGAAGAACCAGACAUGGAGGUCACUGGAAAGAUGAUGAUGGAAGAUGUUGUUUCUAAAGAAGACGCGCUAGAUGGCGGUAGGGCGUGCACGAUGCUUCAAAGGGACUCUGAAGUCCAUGAAAGCUUGGACAUGGUGGAGGAAGAAAGUGCAACACUUGAGCUCAAGGGAAGCCUGGAAGAAGAUAAUAGGAAUGUUAUGACAGAGAUGAGGACAGAUGAAGAUCAUGAUGUCAAGGUUGAUGAGCAAAAUGAGCAACGACAACUUACUGAAAACCAGCAUAUGCACACCGAACAGCCUGAGGAUGAAACAGUUCAUUCAUAUGAAAGUCAAGAACAUGUCGACAUAGAGCAUCCAGUCUCAUUCCCUGAAACAUCUCAUCAACUUAAAAGCUCUUUUCAAAUUCCAUCAACUCUGCCCAUGUUCCAAGAUACAGCUACAAUCAAAGAACCAGAAGAUCUUUUGGAAGUUUCCAUGCACACCAAUGUGGAUCUCACAGACAGUCAGCCAGACAACGUGACAUCAGACAUUCCCAGCUCAGACCAGGAAGAGGGCAACAGCUCAGAAGAUGAGUCUCCAAAUGCCAGCCAGUUCUUUCAGAGCACAAGCCUUUUAGCAGCGGCUACUCUUAAUGAGCAGCCAUUAUCCUUUUCUAAUGGAGUCCCCAAGGCUGAUUCUGUGUCUGACGCCAACAAUUUGCCUGAAGAAGUGCUCAGUAAAGAGAAGAACCCUGAAGAACCUAAAGCCCCUCAGAUUGAUGACUGGGAGAAUUCUAACAUCUGGGGCAAAAGCAUGAAUGCACCAGAUGCAGCUGAGAUCACACAAGCAUCAAGUAUGGAUGAAAAUGCAGGUAUUUUCCCAGUCAAUGAGACUGAGAACUUAGAAGUUUUAAAUAAAAUGCCAAGUUUAGCAGAAAACAUCUUUGGAAAAUUUGAAGAACAUUUUGAAAGGACAGCGGAGAGCUUUUCAGAAAAAGUUCUGUCUGCGAUGGACUUUCAGAGUAACAUAUCAGGAGAAGAGGAGGAAUUUCAGUCGAAGGAAAAGAAAAGUGAGAUUCAUAGCUUUUUUAGCACUAGUAUGAAGGAGGAUUUCUGGAGUGAGGGUAAAAUGGAGAUGGCAGCUACUUAUGACCCUGCCAAGACUGAAGACUUAAGCCAGGCUAUGGUCUUUGGAGAGGAGUGGAGAGAUAUGGAGGGAAUGCCAACAGCAAAUGGGAGUCAUAAAAAAAAGAUGGACAUCCUCAAAGGCCAGGAUGAAAGGCAUAAAGAUGAACAGCCAACGCAAGGCAAGAUGGUCCUAUAUGAUGACUCCGCUGAUGAGGGGGAUUCCUGGUCCUCUGGUGAUGAGUAACAUCUUUGUCCAAAGACGUUUUAUACCUUUUAAGACUAAACCAAAAACAUAAAAAAGUAGUGCUGAAAACACAUUCACAGAAAUUGAACUAGAAAAGAUUGCUCUGCACAGUGUGUGUAAUUGUACAAUGUGAUCUCUGUAAUUUGAGUUAACAGCCUGGCAUAAUGUGCCAGCUGUCGUCUCGGGAUAAGAAGGCGUUGUACUUCAUGACAGCCACGGGCAAAAAGGAUUCUUAAAUAUUUACUAUAAAGCUUUAUUUCAUGCUUGUUGUUUCUAUACUAAUUAGACCAGCUUUUCAAAGUGUUAAAAAACCCUUUUGUGUAUUUGCACUGAUGUUUGUUACAAUGAAAAAAUUACAAUUCUGAAAAACAAAAAAGAUUAAUAAAAAAUAAA